AUGAGACUGUCGCUUAGGCGACUAGCAGGAGUGGCGUGGGUCGGAGGCGCCAUUGGAUGUAGGUCCGCCGUUGUAAACAUGAACCCACAAAAAGAGCAUAUUGCCGUCCUCGCUAUUGACGGUGUUGUCCGGGACGACCGGGACCUUAUCCAAGUCCCGAUCCAAGUUGAGCAACAUCGAGCUCUUAAAGUUCGGCAUCCGGUUCACCUCUGCGGCCACCACUUGAACAAAGCUUUACUUCUACAUAGUUGGCUGGUGACCGAGAUGCCAGUUCGCUUUCGAAGCGUAAUUUCACACACCUCUCUGGCAUCCUCUUCGUCUGUACGAGCCGACAAACUCAAACGCAGAACUUACAAUUCGUGUCAAGUUGGACGACAUCCCAAGCGUGAGGCAGUACUCCUUCAAGUCGGGGUCAAGUUUGUCCGGCAGGACGAAGAGCGACUCUGCUUAAUCCGAACGGACGCCAACCAGAAAGAAACAUCACUUUUCACCAACGUCUCAAGCAGUCGAGUGGAGAAGAAGAAGCGCCAACAGAAAUACCCAUCUCCAACCCAGUCUUAUGUGAGUCACCCUGGGCUCACCAGCACGAGAAAAGAAAGUGAAGAAGCCCAGUGA